CAUCUGCGCCCCGGGAGCAGCCAGUGGAGCCCGGCAGCAGCGGUGGCGGCCAGCGCCCAGGACCCCAGUCUACGGUGGAGUCCCGGGACGCGGAACCAGGGAGGCGGCGCCCGAGCGCUCCUCUUGCUGCUGGCAGAGCGCUUCCCACGUCGGGCGGGGCCCGGCCGAUGGGAAUCCGGGACAGCAGGCGAGCGGCCACGACGGGACGACCCUCCAUUGUCCAUUGACCUCACCUUCCACCUGCUGCGGACGCUGCUGGAGCUGGCGCGGACGCAGAGCCAGCGGGAGCGAGCCGAGCAGAAUCGCGUCAUAUUCGACUCUGUGGGCAAGUGAUUCGCCCGGUCUGGGGCCACAAAAAUCUUGACCCUUCUUCCCCCACCCUGGGCUGGAACGUGCGCACCGGACCUGACUCAGACCCGGGGAGGAGAGCGGCCCAGGGGCACCCUGAGCACUCUGUGUGGCUAUUUUUUAAUAAAAGUGCCGAAGAGCC